AUGAUAAGCAGGGUAUGCAAUGUUCUCGAAAAUAUGGUAUAUGAAUUUACCGACCUGAGGAGAAAGGAAUUAUUUAGUGAAAGUGAAAUAAAAUCAAUAUUGAAUAAAAGAAGGCAUCAUGAAUAUACAAUUAAUAGCUCAAUGCCUAUGUUAAUAAAUUAUAUUUUGUAUUUAGAAUUUGAAAUGAGCUUAGAAAAUUUAAGAGUAAAAAGAUUAGAAAAAAAAAAAGAAGACCUUUUAAAUGAAAUUGCAGAAUAUACAAAAUUAAUAAAAACAUGUUACACAGAUAUAAACAAUUUUAAUAAAGAAAUUCUAAAUACAAACUGCCCUAAAGAAAUUAAAAUGAUAACGAAAAAAAUAAACUCAAAUGAAAAUCAUAUUAAACAAUAUAAAAAUAAUAUAGCAAAAGUAGAGAAAAAAAUUGAAGUAUUGUUACAACACAGUGUAUCCGAUAAUUCAUUAGUAAGAAGAAUAAUACAAAUAUUCCAAAAAUGUCUAAAAAAAAAUUAUAAUAAUAUCCAAAUAUGGUUAUUAUAUUUUAAUUUUUGUUUUUUAAAAAAUAAAAAAGACGAAUUAGAAAAAGCUAUAUUAACAAGCUUGAAAUAUCAUAUGAAUAAUGAACUAAUAUGGAUGCAUUAUCUUUAUUAUUUUUAUAAUAUAAGGAAAAAUAUAUUAUAUACACGAAAGUUAUAUAUAAGGGCUAUGUUAUUUGUUCCCAAUAGCUUAUAUUUAAAUGCUUUAUAUUUUAUUAUCGAAUUUGACAUAUUCUUUAAAUUGCUAACAAAUUUUAAGUAUCAAAAUGAUAAUUCAAACAACGUCUUCAACAAAAAUAACAAUGAUCAGUUUGAUGAAUUUUGUAAAGAUCAAAAAAAGAAUCUAACCAAUGAAUUGGAUGAAAAUGAUCAAACAAACAAAUCUGAGAAUGAUAUACUAAAAAUGAAUAUCGAUGAAAAAAAUGAACAAAUUUUACUUGCUGAAAAGGAACAAAAAGUAGAAGAAUUUAAUUACAUCAAAGACGAAGAUAAAUUUGGAUUAGAUGUUCUAAUAUUUUUAGGGAAAAGAUAUAUUCAUAUUUUUGAAAAAGAUAAAUCGAAUUUACACAUAUUUAUUAUAUUACUUUUAAAUAUAUAUUUUAAAAUGGAAAAAAAUGAGUGGGUAAAAAACUAUGUUUUACAAUAUGAAGAUUUUAAAAAUUUAAUUUUAAAUUCUAUUGAAAAUAAUAAAUUUGAUCAACCUUGUUUUUAUUAUUAUUUAUUUAUUAAUAAAUGUACACAAAUUUUUAAUAUAGAUACACUUGAAGAUAACAAUUUUAUACUUAUGAAAAAAUUCUUUUAUGCAUGUGAUGGCAAGGAUAUACUUAUCAAAAUUGAAAAUAUCAAAAAGUAUUUCAACCAUUCUCUAAUUAACCAAUUAUUAAUUGAAAUGUUUAAUUCUUUUAGCAAUGAGCUUAUGAUUUAUCUAUUUUGUCUUUUAUUAGAAAAUAUAUUUCAAUCAUUUUCUGAAUAUGAUGACAUCUCUGAUGUUUUUAAAAUUGACAACGUAAAUGAUAAAACUACAGUUCCAAAAAAAAAUGAUUCAUCAUCAGAUAUAAUAUUAGAAUCACCAAAUAAUAGUAUUACACAUAACCCAGAUUCUAUUAAUUUGCAAAAUGGAAAUAAAAAGGAUAUAUUAUUUCAUAUGAAAGAACCUACAUUGCCAAAUCAUGAAAAUUUAGAAAUAUUUAAAUUUUUAAAAGAUGAAAUAUUUUUAUGUGAUAGUAACCAUAAAUUUUAUAAAAUAAAUAUGGAAUAUAUAAAAGAAAAAGAUAAAGAUACAUAUAACUUUUUACAAAAAUUAAAUUUUAUUCCUUCUGUUUGUUUAUUUGAAAAUAGAAGCUUAUCAAUACCUCCCAAUAAUCACAUAUAUAAUUUUGAGCAAAAUAAUAAAAAUGCAGAUAUUAUAUCUUCUUUACUUUACUUCUUCUUAUUUGAUAUGAGAAACAUUAAAAAAAAUCAAACAGAUCAAAACAGUAAAAAUAACCCUAUAUAUACACCCACAAAUUCAAUAUCGAAAAAAAGAAAAACCUCAAACAAGUAUGUAACUUUGGGAAGUCUAAAAAAUAAAAAACCUAAAAAGAAUAGCCAAACAAUUAAACUAAAAAGUGAUAAAAAUGGCAUUUUCGAAAGUGACAGCGACAAUAUGAGUGACAAUAGCGACGACAGCGAUAGCAGCAAUAGUACUUUCCAUGAUAAUGAAUAUCAUGAAGAACAAGAAAGUAUCAAAGUUGAUAAAAUUGAUAUAAAUAAAAAGGAAACUAAUGAUACAAAAAAAGAUAUUUUUAUUAUCGACGAGUUAUUAUCAUUACUUAGUAGAGAAAUUGAUAUAUUCGUAAAAAUGACAAUCAUAAAAACUAUAUUAAAGUUAAUUACAUUUUUAAAUAACGAUGAAAUAGCCAAAUUUUUGUUCAGCAAAAUAACAAAAGAAUAUCAUAACAUCAAAAGCAGCACAAACACUAUGGUCAAAAAGGGAAUGGCUAGUAUGGUUCAAGUGUAUGACAAAGUGUACAAAGAUUUUCCUUCCAAAAAAAAAAAUAAAUAA